AGGAGUUAUAGAGACAAAGAAACAUCUUUAUAGAGGUCAAGGAGGAAUGUGGAAAUGUUUAAAUACAUCUCAAUAUAUUUCUUUUUCCCGUAUAAAUGAUGAUUGGUGUGAUUGUGAAGAUGGAUCGGAUGAACCAGGAACGUCAGCUUGUAGUAAUGGAGUGUUUUUUUGUGAAAAUUUGGGCUAUAUUUCACGUUAUAUUCCUUCAUCAUAUGUGAAUGAUGGUAUAUGUGAUUGUUGCGAUGGAUCUGAUGAGUAUGAGCAUAAUAUUAGAUGUGAAAAUACAUGCGAAGAGCAGCAUAAGAAAUAUAGCCAAGAAUUAGCUAAGAAAGAUUAUAUUUACAAAAAAGGAUCUAAAAUUCGUCAAACUUGGGAAGAAAAAAUGAAACAUAUAGACAAGGAUUUAGAAGAUGAGAUAAGGGAUAUUUCGAAUGAGUUAAAGAAUGCAAUUCGUGAAAAUCAGAAGUUAAAAAGGUCAAAGAUUCUUGAGAAUUUUAAAACCUUUGAAAGAGAAAAUGUAUCUUUUCCAGAUAUUCUUAAUGAAAGUAUCAGUAAUAUUUUUGAAAAACAUAAAAACAUGUUUUCAUCUUUUAUGGAUUUAUGGCAGGAGAAAGUAGGUUCUUUUGAUGAGGCAUUAACAAAUUUAAAAGAUAAAUAUGAUGAUGAUCCAUCAAAUAUUGAUUUAAGUAAUAUGAUAAAAUCAUUGGAGGAAAUAAAAAGUUAUUUAGAUUCUAAAAAUAAUGGGUAUAAUGAAUAUAUAGAAGAAUUAAAGAAUGAUUAUAAUAAAUUUCUUGAGUUUAUUCAACAGGAAUAUCAUAAAUUUCAGUCUAAAGAAAGAUCUUUCUUUUACUCUGUAGAGGAAUGGAUUAAACGUAGGAUUAAUCAAAUAAAAAGAUAUUUUAUAUAUCUUAAAAUUUUGAUUGAUGAUGAAAAAAUUGAUUCAGAAAUUAUAGAUAAUUAUGAUGCUUCUGGUGAAUCAAAUCAAAAAAUAGAUGAAUUGAGAGAGAAACUAGAGAAAAAAGAAUUAUUGAAAAAGGAAAAAUAUAAAAAUUUUAAUGUUUACUACGCUGUUAAAGAUGAAGUCAUUACAUUUAAGUUUAAGGAUUAUAUUUAUGAGUUUACUUUUUUAAAAGAUGCAUAUCAAAUUUCUUCUAAUGAUAAUAAUCGUAUUUUACUUGGCUCUUUUUCACACUUUGAUGGAGAUAAUAAGCUUUAUUAUCAUAAUGGUGACCGAUGUUGGAAUGGACCAUUACGUUCUGUAGUAAUAGAAUUAUUUUGUGGAGUCAAAAAUGAACUUAUUUCUGUAAUGGAAUACGAAAGAUGUGUUUACUUUAUGAAAGUAUUAACACCUGGUGCUUGUACUUUGCCUUCAAAUAAGAUAAAAAGAGACGAAUUAUAAAAAAAAAGGAAAAAAACAUAAAUAUUUUAAUAAUUAAGGACAUAA